GUCUUUGACUGCAGCGCGCGUGCUUCCGCUCAGUCCGUGUAAAACUCUCAGAGCCGUAAAAAGUAACAUCUUUUGUAAUAUCUUUAGUAAUUUCUUUCGCACCAUCUCAAGAUGUCUGAGAACGACGUUGAUAAUGAACUUUUGGACUAUGAGGAGGAUGACGAGCCUCAGGUAGUCGUAGAAACCAUCCCAGCCAAGAAGGAGGUGAAGGGGUCGUAUGUGUCCAUCCACAGCUCCGGGUUCAGAGACUUUCUUCUGAAACCAGAGCUGCUGCGAGCGAUUGUCGACUGUGGAUUUGAACACCCCUCAGAGGUCCAACAUGAGUGCAUACCUCAGGCAAUUUUGGGCAUGGAUAUUUUAUGUCAGGCCAAGUCGGGUAUGGGAAAAACAGCUGUGUUUGUACUUGCUACACUGCAGCAGCUGGAGCCAGUGGAGGGUCAGGUGUCUGUCCUUGUGAUGUGCCACACUCGAGAGCUGGCCUUCCAGAUCAGCAAAGAAUACGAGCGUUUCUCCAAAUACAUGCCCACUGUGAAGGUAUCUGUGUUUUUUGGUGGUCUGGCAAUCAAGAAAGAUGAGGACGUGUUGAAGAAGAACUGCCCUCACAUUGUUGUCGGAACGCCAGGCCGAAUCCUUGCUCUCGUUCGCAACAGGACCCUGAACCUGAAGAACGUCAAACACUUCGUGCUGGAUGAGUGCGAUAAGAUGCUGGAGGCUCUGGAUAUGAGGAGUGAUGUCCAGGAAAUCUUCAGACUGACCCCACAUGAGAAACAGGUGAUGAUGUUCAGUGCCACCCUGAGCAAAGAGAUCCGUCCUGUGUGCCGCAAGUUUAUGCAAGAUCCUAUGGAGGUGUUUGUGGACGAUGAGACCAAGUUGACACUUCAUGGGUUGCAGCAGUACUACUGUAAACUCAAAGACAAUGAAAAGAACCGCAAGCUGUUUGACCUGCUGGAUGUGCUCGAGUUCAACCAAGUGGUGAUUUUUGUGAAGUCGGUGCAUCGCUGUGUGGCUUUAUCACAGCUUUUGGUUGAACAGAACUUUCCUGCCAUAGCUAUUCACAGAGGCAUGGCCCAGGAAGAACGGUUGUCCCGGUACCAGCAGUUUAAAGAUUUCCAGCGGCGAAUUCUGGUGGCGACAAAUCUGUUUGGACGAGGCAUGGACAUCGAGCGAGUCAACAUCGUGUUCAACUAUGACAUGCCCGAGGACUCGGACACCUAUCUGCACAGAGUGGCCCGCGCCGGACGCUUCGGCACCAAAGGCCUGGCCGUCACAUUCGUGUCAGACGAAACUGACGCCAAGACUUUGAACGAGGUCCAGGAUCGUUUUGAGGUCAAUGUGCCGGAGCUUCCAGAGGAGAUUGAUAUUUCGUCUUACAUUGAGCAGUCCAGAUGAGGAUCUUGUGUGGGGCCUCGUGUGUCCAGGCGAGGGCCUCGUGUGUCGACCCUUACGGUCUUUGAUGUUUCUGUAUUUUUAGGGAGGACAUAAAGGGCCUACAUUCACAAUAAUACUUGAGCCAUAUUUGUUAGAAAGUUCAUAAUGAUAAUUUAUUUUAUCACGUAUCAGCCUGUUUUAUUGUUUUUCAUGUUGAAACCAUGGAUAUAUAGUUUUUGGUUAAAUAAAGCUUUUAUACCU